CAAACAACAAUGGCGGGAAGUAUGGACGAGUUUGACGACGAAGGCGACGAUAUAUUAGCGUCGUUCAUCGAGGACAGAGAGGGUAUCCAAGUUAACGUUCCAUUGGAAUUUCCAUUUCCUUUUGAACCAUAUGAUAUUCAGAAGGAGUUCAUGAAGAAUCUGUACAUCAACCUUGAGAGGGGACAUGUGGGGAUAUUUGAGAGUCCCACGGGAACAGGGAAGUCCCUGAGUCUUAUUUGUGGAGCUCUGAAGUGGCUUAAGGAAUUUCAAGAGAAGCAGAAGAAGGACCUGGAAGCCUUGAUAGCUGAAGAAGAGAAAGCCACUGGCAGUGGUGAUAGAGCGUCUGGUGAAUUAGACUGGGUUGCAGAGUUUGCUGUAAAGAAGGAAAAACAAGAAAAACUGGAAAGUGCCAAACAAAAGCACCAAAAAUUGGCAAAACAGGAGUCUAGAUUGCUAGAGAUCGGAAAGCGUAAAAAGCAGGGAAGGCGAAAAAGAGACAGGCUGGAGGACGAGUUUGAGGAAUUGAUGAAGACAGCGACCUCCGAAGUUCAAGCUGCCUACCGAGAGGAAAUUGACAAGGUUGAAGGUCAAGAGGUCAAUCAAGGUGACGAUGACCUGGUUCCAGAGGAUUAUCAUAGUGACGAGGAAGUCGGUGCUGGAAAGGCGUCAGAUGACGAGAACUCUGACGAAGAAUUAGAUCAUGUGACCAAAAUUUACUACUGCAGUCGCACACACUCGCAGCUUGCUCAGUUUGUUCGGGAAAUCAUCAAAAGCCCAUAUGGAUCAAACACAAGAGUGUUGUCAUUGGGUUCGAGACAAAAUCUGUGUGUGAAUGAGACUGUUAGAAAAUUAAAAUCUCUCUCAUUGAUGAAUGACGCGUGUCUGGAUUUACAGAAAAAUAAACGCAAGGUUAUUGAUCGAGAGGAGAGUGGAGAGGCAGUCAGAAAGAGGCGAGAUAAGGGAGGCAGUGGGUGUCAGUACUACAAGCAGGAGAAGAUGGAGGAACUGGGGGGACAGAUACUGACAGAAAUAACAGAUGUGGAGCAGAUCGUCAAAUUAGGUCGCCAGAUGAAGGCUUGUCCGUACUACACGAAUCGUUUGUCCGUCCACCUAGCUGAGGUGGUGGUGCUGCCGUACAAUAUUAUCCUACACAAGUCAACAAGGGAGGCCAGUGGGAUUCGUUUGGAGGGAAAUGUGGUGCUAAUAGACGAAGCUCAUAAUCUGCUGGAGACCAUUAAUUCUGUGUACAGUGUCGUGGUAACGGGGGCCCAGCUUACUAAGGCACACAGUCAGCUCAGCCAGUAUGAACAAAGAUUCCGAUCUCGAUUGAAAGCCAAAAAUUUACUGUACGUCAAGCAGAUCUUGUAUAUACUGAGCUGUUUGGUGAGACUACUAGGUGGACGGACCGACGCUAACGUAAUUAAACAAUCGAUCGGGAAAUCAGAGUCGAAAGUGAUGACUGUAAACCAGUUCCUGUCGGAUAGCGGAUUUGACAACAUCAAUUUGUUCAAGAUUUUACAGUAUUGUCGAAAAAGCCAAAUCUCGAAAAAGUUAAACGGUUUUGUGGAAAAGUAUCCAAACAAUGAGGUUGCUAUAGCAACAGAAAAGACAGAAGAAAGACACCUGGGAAUCACAGGUUUCUUGAAAGAAAUUACACAGAAUGUGGAGACUUCUAAUUUAACUGCAGAAACACAGAAGACAAACACCAGCAAGGGGAACGAGGAGGCCAUUGUAAUGAGGUCACCACUGAUGCAUAUUGAGGGAUUUAUAUCCUCCCUAACAAAUGCUGACAAAGACGGAAGAAUUGUGCUAACCAAACAACCAUUGCUCAGUAACUGCACGCUGAAAUUUUUGCUGAUGAACCCGGCUGUUCAUUUCAAAGAUUUACUCUCCGAAGCCAGGUCAGUGAUCGUGGCCGGUGGAACCAUGCAGCCGAUGGAAGAAUUCAAACAACAGCUGUUCUUUGCUGCUGGAAUUGGUCCUGAGAAAAUUCAUGAAUAUUCAUGUGGUCAUGUGAUACCAUCUGAUCAUCUAUUGGCUUUGGCUAUGAAGGCGGGGCCAUUAGGAGUAGAUCUUGACUUCACCUAUGGUUCUCGAGAGAAACCUGCUCUUCUGAAUGAACUAGGACUAAUAGUGAGCAAUGUUUGCAAUGUGAUUCCUGGAGGUGUGGUCUGUUUCUUUUCGUCAUAUGAUUACCAGCAUCUUGUUUAUCAGCAGUGGCAGAAGACAGGCAUCCUAGCCAAACUGGAGAAGAAAAAGAGGAUCUUUCAGGAGCCUAAAUUGUCCAGUCAAGUGGAGCAAGUUCUAGGAGAAUAUUCCAAAUCCAUUCAGAACUCCAGUUGUGGAACAGGAGCGAUUUUGUUUUGUGUGGUUGGAGGAAAAAUGAGUGAAGGCAUCAACUUCUCCGACGAUCUCGGUCGAGGUGUCAUCAUGGUGGGCAUGCCAUACCCCAACAUUAAGAGCCCAGAACUGCAGGAAAAAAUGCAGUAUUUAAAUUCAAAUUUCCCAAAAGACAAAGAUGGACACCUUCCCGGUCAAAUACACUACGAAAACUUGUGUAUGAAAGCUGUCAAUCAGUCUAUUGGUCGAGCCAUUCGUCACCGUGGAGAUUAUGCUACCAUUCUUUUGCUUGAUAAACGCUACGGUAAAGAGAGCGUAAGGAGCAGACUUCCCUCCUGGAUUGGGAAAGAUCUGCAGAAAAUGGAGAAGUAUGGUCCAGCCAUAGCUGCCAUUUCCCAGUUCUUCCGAAAAAAGAAAACAGAUGCUACAACUUGAAAGUCAAAAGUUGUUAAAACCGUGUAAAUUACAUUUAAAUGAAUGUACACAAAUUUUAAUUUGCAUUUCUGUUUCGUUAAUUGUGCUGAAUAAACAAAAAACACUUAUUUUAUUUAUGAAAGUCAAAAUUUGUUAAAAGACAGUGUAAAUUACAUUUUUAAAAAGAAUUUUAUU